UAUUGAGGCAGAAAGAAGGCCCAACCACGGAACAAAAAAAUGAAAUGUUUGAGUUUAAUUCGCUGAAGAAAAAACAAGAGUCAAAUGGGGAGCAAAAACAUGAAGAUACUGGGAUUUCUAUUAACAAAGAAAAUAACAUAUCCACACCUCAGGAUAAAGAAAAUGGAAAUUUUGAAGAUAAUUUAGGAAAGCAGAAACAGAAUUCUAUUGGAGAGCAAAAAUAUGGUGAUUCUAUAGAUAAAUCAUUGAAUCAGAAACACUAUUUAACUGGGGGUCAAAAAGUUGACAAUUCUGAAGAUAACUUGUUGACGCUAAAACAAACACAAACUGGGGAACCAAAAAAAGAUGAUCCUCGAAAUAAUUCAUUAAAGCCGGAACAAAAUUUAAUUGGGGGACAAAAAGAUGAGAAUAUUAAGAUUUCUAUUGUAAGUGGGAGCAACCAUGAUUUGAACAACAGACGUCGAUCUAUUCGGCGGCGAUUUUCGCACAGGGUGGCGUUUCUGUUAUGUGGGUCGAGUGGCCAGGAUGGGGAACAGGGUGGAGAGGGGUUAAUUGGGGGUAGGGGGUCAAUAUCUGCGCCCCAGUUGGCACCAAAGCCCCGGGCCCCAACCCCACACCCAGGCAGGCGAAGACCGAGUGACGCUUCAUCUGAUAGCAGAAGAAGAAGGCAACCUUCAGAGGUGUUUCCCCCAAAUAGAGAUGGAAUACCGAAUUUCCUCCAAAGAAAAAUCCCUCCAAUCAGGAGAAGCAAGUCCACCAAACUCAGCUCAGGGAAAGAAAAUCGACCUCAAGAUAUUAAUGCACUCAUGGCGCAGGGUGGGCCCCCUAAGCCCGAGGUCGAGCUCCCCUUCUUCAUGCCGGCCAUAGAGUCCCCCGAUACAUUGGAUCUUACGUCGUCACCAUCAGAUUACGACGGAGCGAUUGUGCGACCGUUACAUCAUAGUAUAUUGGGAAAAGAUCAUUGCUUUGAGGUUGUUACCCACAAAGGAGAUAGCCGAUGUUUUGGUUGCGAUUCAGCCGGGGAAAGGGAAGCUUGGAUCGAAAAGAUUAAACGAACGAUUAACCCAAACUUGGACAACAGUCGUCGCAUCGAACACCAACUUACACUAUUCGUACAAGAAGCGAAGGGAUUACCAACCAAGAAAAGAUAUUUCUGCGAGAUUUGUUUGGAUCGAAAGUUAUGUGCGCGAACCACAUCAAAGCUGAAGAACGACAGUAGCGUAUUAUGGAGCGAACACUUUGAGUUCAGUUCCAUGCCCCAUAUAGAAGAUAUCACAGUUCAUCUAUAUAAAGACUCUGAUAAGAAGAAGAAAAAAGAUAAGGAUUAUAUCGGGCUAGUUAAUCUGCCUGUGAAAACGCUUGCUAAUCAACAAACACUUGAAAAAUGGUACACUCUAUCAACACCUAGUGGUAAUAACAAGGGUAAAGCCGGGGAAUCAAUGGCUGUUCGUAUAAAAGCGAGGUUCCUAUCCACAAGGGUCCUACCUACUGAGCAUUAUAAAAGCUUUGCUGAACACAUAAGCGGCAACUAUCUGCAUAUUUGUCAAACACUGAGAAACUCACUCAGUGUUGCCAGAAAAGAUGAAUUUGCGAGGAUAAUGGUCAACGUUAUGUAUGGAACUGGAUCUAUAAAGGAAUACAUGGGCGACGUUGUGAUGGACGAGGUCGAUAAAGUUGAGGAAGAAAGUUUAAUUUUUCGUGAAAAUACGAUCGGGACAAAAUCGGUGGAAGCUUUCUUGAGGCUUGUUGGGAUGGGGUAUCUUUAUAAUACAUUGGGAGAAUUCAUAAGUGCAUUGUUUUCAAUGGAAGAGGAUUGUGAGGUAGACGGCAGCCGACUCCCCCCUCACGCCUCCUUGGAUGCAAACCAGAAGAAUUUACAAAUGAGUUGCGAGAUUGCCCUCUGUAAGAUUACUUCCUCCGUUAAUAACUUUCCGUCUGAGCUCCGAGAAGUGAUGUCACAAUGGCGUCUUCAUUGUGAGGCGAACAAUCGACCUCGUAUCGCGAAUCGUCUCGUCACAGCUUCAUUAUUCCUUCGUCUUCUAUGCCCGGCCAUUCUCAACCCAAGUCUAUUCGGACUCGCAAACGAGAUCCCGGAUCCGAAGACGUCGCGCACGCUGACGUUGAUCGCGAAAGUUAUUCAGAAUCUUGCUAAUAGAAGCAGAUUCGGCAGUAAAGAAGAAUACAUGAAGUUCAUGGAUGUUUUCAUUCGCGAGAAAUGGGACGACAUGGGGGGUUUCAUAUCCAACGUGUCGGACCCCCACGUACCCUCGUUAUGUAAGGGAUUUGAGGGGUUCGUCGACCUCGGGAAGGAGUUCGCGAAACUUCACUCUUUCUUUGUUGAAGUUAUACCUACGCUGGAACAGACAGUGGUCAAUGAGUUAGGCUCGCUACCCCCAAUCCUGCAGAAGAUAACGGAAGCAUUAGAAAGCCCCACCAUCACCCCCCCGCAUCGUAAAACAUCGGCGUCGCAUCAUCUGGAACAAAUUGUGGAGGAUCCUUCCAUUGUUGGUGGAUCGGAGCUCACCCCAGGUUCGAGUAGCACGCCUAUGAUUGGUCGUAAAUACGGGGGCGGGGCAGCAGCUUCCAUGGGUGAUUUACGGGAUUUUACGAACGGACAUUUCGAUUGUGAUGCGUCAGGUUUCGCAAACGGGUAUUCCCCUUCCCACCACGUUAGCCAUUCAGCUUUGCCGGCAUCAAUCAACAACAACAACAACAUAGGAUGGCCACUUUCAUCAACGGAAAACCUUGUGUUUAACAAACAACAACAAGAACAACAACCGGCGUUGAUGUACGCUAACCCUGCCUACCACCAACAACAACAACAACAACAACAACAACAACAAAGAGGUAAAACUCGCCAACAAGAACGAAACAACGCACAAUACGGGAACAACAAGCAGAAAACUACACCACAACAAUACCCCAGCAAAACAACUUCAUCUAAACAUCUUGAAACCGUCUUUGGAUCGGAAACUGUGACGUACACCAAUUCCCCUGCUCAACAUAGACGAGCCAAGAUAUAUCUCGAGCCCUCUACUCCCCCUAGUGUCGAAGACAGCGAGGAAACGAGAAGCAAAGAUUCAUCGUUGUCGUCACGGGAGUCGUCGACCACAACAGCAACUAACUCCUCCUCAAGCGAUGUUAGGAUCAAUAGAGAUGCGAAGAUGGACGGGGGAAAAGAAGAUGAUGAUGUGUUAAUGUCAGCGCAGUCCAUCCUCUCCGCUCCAGUGCAUUCUGCCCAGCUUAAAAAGGGGCUUCAGUUCAGGAGCAAAAAUGAGAAACCUCUUCCGAAACCGAGGUCCUCUUUAGGAGGAGGAGGAGACCGGAAGAUGUCGGUUCCUUGCCUUCCCUCGCAUCGUGUGUAUACUCCUGCGAGGAGGGGAAGUGCGGAUACUGUUCGGACAUCGGGGUCAAAGAUUCCGACCCUCCAUCUUGCUCUGGACGAACACGAUGCAAUAUUAGAGUUGAGCGAGAUUGUAGAAGGGGAGUCGCCGUCAAAUGAACGACGUAUGAGGCAGAAUGAAAACUCAAUGUCGAGUAAAGAUCAAGACGGCUUCGUAACCGCACCAGUGACCGCUGUCAAGUCACGAGUGGUUGUCGCGACCUCCAACGCGGCACGUGUCAAGACGUCACGGCACGCCACAUCUGCCACACAACAGAAACAACCCCAUAAUCCUCAGAACCAGGGCCGUCGUAGCAGCCACCACAAACCCAGCAACCCCAUAAAACCCCCCGAACCCCAACAGAACCCCACGUUACCCCCCUCGACCCCUGAAGGCCCCCUAUCCCCCGAAGCACGCACAGCACAAUGGAUAUUAAACAACGUAGCAACUCCUAAUAAGGAAAAGAAUGAAGACGGGCAUACCGUGUUGACUCCUAAAGACUACGAGGAUCGCAUUAUUCGUUUGGAAACCGAAGUUGAACGUCUUCGUGCUUCAGUGAGUUCAGGGUUGGAGGUCCAGCGUAAUCUGGAGUCAAAAGAAUCGCAUCUUGUGGAAAAAGUGAGGAGGACUCAGAGGAGUUUGGAGCAGAUGGUUUCCUCCGAGGAGAAAUGGAAGAAACAAAAGGAGGAGAAAGAGGAGAAAGUGAGAGAGAUGGUGGAGAGAUUAACCACAGUGGAAACCGCCCACCACCGUGAGCGAACCGAACUUCGUGCUUUACUUGAUAGCAAGGAGUCUCUUAUACGUGAACAACACGAUCGUAUAACGAGGUUGGAGGAAACCAACCUUCGUCUCAUAUCUUCUAUUAAACGUAUCAGAACCCGGGAUUCCCCUUCUACGUCAGCAAGCGUGGCGCGCCCCAAUGACGUCAUAAACUUUAUCGACGAUGACGUCGACGAUAAACGUCACGAGCACCGACGUCAUCGUGACGUAAAAGCGACGGCGCAGGAAAACGGGGGAUUUUGUCUGCAUGGGUUGUCCUCGGCCUCGUCGUCUUCUUCUGUAUAAGAUAUCUAUUUGGAGUCGCGGAACAGGGGGUUUCCCCAACACUGUGCAACAGCAUUUAAUGAAAUAUAUCAUAGAACGUUUUUUCCAAAGCAUAAUGCGUUCUAUGUUAUAUAUCUUCUCUAAAAAUAGUUGAAUUGACGUCACAGUGUUACCCAUUGUUCUUAUAUGUGACGUCAUAAUAUGUUUCCCACUGUAGUGUCUGACGUUUAUUUAUCACGUGACCAACGUGGUCACAUAGACAUCUUAAUAUCAUGAUAUAAGAUUUCUAUGUUUUUAUUUUCUUUUAUUCCUACAUUCCUAUGUUUCCAUCAAAAACAUGACAUCACUAAUUAUGACGCCACAACAAAUCAUGCCCUCGGCAGUAAUGACGUCACAAAUCAUGACGUCACACCCCUAUUAUUCAGCGCGGCCAAAUGACGUAGCUGAGUUGCCAUAGUAACCAUUGUUUCGUCAACGAUCCCCAUUAUUAUCAUUAGAAGCCUUGCACGAAAUAUUGUUUCUAUGUAUCUUGGUCUCUUCAUAUUUUGUUCCUCGUUUGAUUAACGCUGCUCCUGUUUCAAUAAAUCAUCGAUUACGUCA